AUGGUAAGAGGUAACAAUUUGACCGUUUGUGAUUAUCACUGUUGUAGGAAGGUCGAACUGCCAGAACUUCAAUUACAACCAACGUGGAAUUCGAUGAUAGUGAGUUCUCAUAACUUAGAGAAUGAUAAGGCUAAAUCGAAAUAAAAAUUCUGCAGAUUUCAUAAAACGAGCUCGUUGUAUGCCGGCAGAGAAGCUUAUAGAAGAGCUAAUGUUGUUGCAGAAAGGUAUAAUUUUUUGUUAUUGCAUUCACUAUUUUCUUAAUCUUCAAGAUGAUCAUCCACUGUUACGAACUGUUUUACAAAAUAUCGACAAAUAUCGUUUGAUACAGGAAGAUAGGAUAAAGUGUCAUCGGAAAAGAGCAGAACUACGCGCCACGACAGAUCUCGAGAAAAAUGAAGGGGAAAUUCAGAAAGUGUGCGAGACUACAAUUGCACAACUGUUCAAGGAAGCGAAAAUGCGCAGUGAAGAACUGGAAAAGGCGGCGAUUCACGAGUACGGAGUAGUCGAUAUAAACAAACCGCAAGCGGCACCUCUGAAUCCAGAAGUGAACAAAAAGACGUUAAGAGGAAGAGGCGGCGGUCAACUCGUGGAGCCGAACAGUUACUUCACUCAUAAUGCAAGCACGCGAAUUCCGGAAAUGAAUUUCAAAUUGGCGUUCGAUGACGAUCGCAUCCGGCAGGAUUUAAAUAUUCUGAAUCAGACGGAUCUCAAGAAGAGAGCAGUUUAUACUGUCUCCAUUCAGAAACCAAAGCUAAUGAUAGACAGUAAGUCUUUCAAGCAUGGAGAGGACGUUUACGCGCAGAACAGCGCCUUUGGAGAUUUUCUUGCCAAAAUCGAUAUCGUCAAUGAUCAUAUGAUUCAUUUAAAGGGCGUCAAGGUACGGAAAACUGGUGAGAGAUGAAUAUAUUUCCUUAUCAUGCAACUCAUGUCUUAAAGUUCUGAAUAACAGCGCUUUAUAGCGCUUCUCAACCGUUAUAAAGUUCACGUGUUUAUUUCUUAAUUUCUCUGUCACUUUUACCUCUGUCUUAAAUAUGAAAAAGUGACCAGACAACGGAAGAUAGCAUAAGAAUUAUCAUUUGAUUAGUCUUUGGAAAUGAACACGUAAACUUUCUAACGGAGGAGUUCUGAGAAUCAAACAAACACAGCCGCAUUCGAACGUCAGCGAGAUUGUAAAAGUCUUGUGAACACAUGAACUUUCUAACAGUUGUGAAAAACAAUAAAUCAGCUCGGUUCGACAGUCUUGUUCAUAGGUGCGGGAUGUUUGAGAAACGCCGAAACUUAAUCAGAGAAAACGAGACCCCACGACCAAAAUUUGGAAAGAAUAAUGAUAAUUCUAUAGGACUUUUUUAGCUCCAAGCGCAAUUUAGUAAAGAAUAUUUAAAUACAAAAGAUUUUCAGAACUGGGAUACAAGACAGAUAUCUGCGACACUGGAAGAUUUAGAAGAAGGCCGAGUUACAAUAAAGAAACAAAAAGGAAAAGACAAGGGUGCUUGA